AUUUUUUCAUUUUUAUUUCAGUCCUAGUUGAAAGCAAAACAAUAUGUGCCAAUUACUCUGUCUUGUAAAAGCUAAAUCAAAGAUCAAAGCAAAGAUUUGAUGUUGCAUUGCGGUUGUUUUGGUUCACAUUAUUGUUCACAAUAAACCGGGGGGAGAAAUACCCUUAUUUUAGAUGCCCUUUAAUUGAGUUUAAGUAUGGGUGUACUUGUCACAAAAUUUUAGGAGAUUUCCCCGAACCCCGAUAACGUCGUAGCUGUGCGCCGGAACCAAGAGGCUAAUUUGGAACUCAUCAAACCGAGCCGUGGCUCUUGUUUGGGAAGUCGCUGGCAGGGAGAGGUGGUUCUGAUACAGCUAGCGGGAAAGCUGAUCCUGAACUAAUUGCCCUUGCACUAGCGCGCUAAAUUGGAGUUGGAGGAAUCUAACGUUAAGAUACUAUAUCUGACGAUAUGGAGUCUGCAAAUCAAGAUAUUAACCUGAGCUCUCCCAAAAAAGGCCUUGGGGCAGACCCUUUGGAUGCAGACGUGCCAAUAGAAGGGGCUGUAGGCGGAGCUGGCCUGACCGAGGAGGAGACUGAGGAGCUGAAACUGGAACUCAGCAAGGUGGAGGAGGAAAUACUCACCUUGCGGCAGGUGCUGUCGGCGAAAGAGCGUCAUGCGGGUGAGCUGAAGAGGAGGCUGGGCCUCACCCCCCUGAGUGAGUUCCGACAGAACAUCAGCAAGGGCUGGCAGGAUGUUCAGACCUCCAAUGUUUAUCUUACAGCCUCUGCAACUUUGGAGGACAUAAGCCGGUCUGAAGCGUAUAAGAGAACUCAGGAGACUUUCUCCCAGGCAGGUCAGAUGACCUCUGCAGCGCUGUCCAGUGUGGGUACAGCCAUCAGCAGGAAGCUGGGAGACAUUAGAGCUCUGCCUUUGUCAAAUUCCUUUGGCAACUACUCCAUUCGGCACUCAAUAAGUAUGCCCACUAUGAGGAACUCCCCAUCGUUCAGGUCCUUUGAAGACAAGGUGGAUAACCUCAAGCAUAAGAUGGCUACCAGAGGCCAAGGGAAUGGAGCUGAAGCCACCUCUCCCAUUGGAACAAGCUCCUCACAGGACCAUGCCCCUUUCUGAAAAGCCAUGCCCCCUCUGGACUGCAUACUCUAUUAUGAGUGCACCAUGACCUAGAUCUCAAAUCCCUUGAACCCAACAUUCUUGAGGGCCAUACCCCCCUCCCCCACCCUACCUGAACUCAGUGCAUAUUUCAUCUCAACCUAAGCUUGACUGCAGAAUGUCAGAACUGUAAACUGUUAAAAAUAAGUUAAAAAUCAAUUUUGUAUGAUGAACUAUUGUACAUAGCUUUGCAAAGUCUUUUACACACAUUGUAUCUAUGUAAUGUUGACUGUAUAAAUAUCUAUUUAUUUACAUCUGCCAGCAAGAGUUCAGGAGAGUCUAGGGUGGCCAUACCCAAAGCCAAAAAAGAAAAAAGAAAGUUAAAAAUAUUUCUAGAUUUUGUAUGUGUAAUGCAAACUAUUGUGUUAAACAAAUGUUCUAGUUACAUUUAUACACAGAGUACAUUGUCAACUAGUGAGAAACAUCACUUCAUUUGAAUGUAGCAUUCCGUUAUGGCCAUCGCCUUACGGUUGAGGUGGUCCUUUGGAAACGUGAUGACAUUCAAAUGACACAUUCUGUAUAUGCAGUUUGGUUUUCAUUCCUGGGGCCUGUAGGAUUACUGAGUUAGCUGGAUAACUGCACUGAGUUAAACCUGCAAAAAAUAGUAAACAGCACUGUUUAUGUCAAUCCAAGUUCUAGAUUUGGGAAGGUUCUGGGUUUUACUCAGUGCAGUUAUCCAGCCAACUCGGUAAUCCUGCUUCAUGAUACUGGCCCCAGGCUGGGCAGCAGUAGGUUAAAAAUUAGACGAUGUGCUCUUGUGUCCAUAUGAAUGUAAGUAAAAUGUGGGCUGUCAUUUUUUAGAGGAUAGUUAUGUAACUUAUGUGUUACCCCUCUUUUGAAGAGAGAACCCCCCAUUUGAAAUGAUGAGGAACAGGAGAGGUCCUUGUGCUUAGUUUUGUAUGCAUAUGCUGUCAGUCAUUUGCUUUCCCGGUGCCACACAAACUGUCAUUUAUAGCUGCUUAUGUCGUUUAGGAGUAGGGGGCAUCAAUAAACAACCGAUGGCACCCGCAUGUUAAAAUGUUACAUUACGCACAUUACCAGCCUGUAGAGCCUAGGAAUUCAUACUGAACAGACAUUAAAAUAUCUUGCAAAACCUAUAAGGCCAGUUAUUCAUGGCAUUGUGUUAUUUUACUUUUUAUUUUGGACUUAAGAAAUAAAGGACGUUUGUGAAGUUU